AUGGAGCAAGACGAGGAGGGAAGCAGGGACGAUCGUCUGCCCAAGCGGGGACGCUAUCAUUUGCACGCAAAUGGUGAUGAUGAAGGUCAGGAACUGGAACACGAAGAGGAUGGCGCCAAUGCCGUGCCGCCAGAGGCUGUGGAUGGAGGCCGCAGUGGCAGUCUCUUUGCUGAACUGGCGUUGGCUGCGGCGAAGGCAAAGGAACACGUACCGGCCAUCGAGAGCAACCUUCUGUGGUACCAGCGGAGAGCAGCCGGUCUCGCCACCGACCUGUCCGGGGACGGGGCCUUCAGCUACAACUUCCGCACCAGGCAAGGCGCCCUCUUCCAGAUCGAUCCCGACUCACUCCCCGCGCCCCUCCCCAAACCGGGCAGGCGGACGGCGUUGCCGCCACCGAGGGAUGACGACGACGACGAAAAGGCCGAGGGCGAAGAGGAGGUGUGCCUCUACGACCCGGAGCAGAGCGAGGAGAUGGCGGUGCCGGUAGGGUACCACCGCGCCUCCAAGUUCGUGGCCGGGCGCGAGGUGAUCUACCUGCGCGAGGGGACGGGCGAGGAGGAAGACGAAGACGAAGACAAAGGCGAAGAGGAGAAACGCAAUCGCGCCACCGCCACCACCACUGCUACCUCGCCCACGGAGAAAGGGAAGGAGAGGGAAAGGGAGCCGCCCGCCGAUGAAAGCCCAGCAGCACCACAGGACGCGUCGGCUCGGGAGGAGGAAAGCGAGAAGCAGGACGACAAUGCCCCGGUUGACCGAGGACACACGGCACAGCCGCCCAAGAAGAGGUGGCGCGACUAG